GUGAACGCGGGGAGAACAUGCAAACUCCACACAGAAACACCAGCUGACCCAGGCGAGGGUCGAAUCAGCAACCACUUGUUAGUAUAAUAAAUUUAAUAUCAGAGUCAUAUAUAGCUAUUUAUAUAACUUUUUGAAAAACACAGGGUUAAGUCACAGAAUUUGGUGUUUAGUAUUAUAUUUAUUUAUUGGAAAGUAUGUGUAAUUUGUAGAAGGAACAAUGGUUGUGAUUUCCCUCUCACUAUAAGAAAUAUGUGGGUUUAUGAACUCUGAUCCACACUCCAGUCCAGAUGAUGGCGGUAGUGCUCCAAAAAACUGGUUGCCAACCGCCAUAAAAUAAGAAGAUUCAGGUGUCUUGUGCUUCACACUGCUGUCCAGUUGAAGGCGCUGAUGAGCCAAAACUUUCGAUUAACUUACAUUUUAGAAAACAUUGAAGGAUCUCAGGUGUGUUUGAGCUGUGACUUAGUCUUUUUAAAGGUUUCUGGAUUCUGUUUCUGCUGCACAAGACCGUCUUCUCGACAUGUAAGAUCAGGUUCGUAUGUAUCCAGCUCUGUGUCUGUGAAGAGUGAUGAUUCAAAAAAAGGAGGUCAGCCAAACUUCAGUAGAGAAACACUGUCACCUACCACAAGUGUUCAAAAUGAGUCUUCAGACACAGACAUCCAGACUCAGAAAAAACACAUGAGUUUUAAAGACAAUCUUCAGGGGAUCUUCCAGGAUCUUGAGAACCAAAUAUUAAAAUUUCUGAAGAAUGAGCUAGAAAAGUUUAAGAAAAUAUUACAUGAAGAAAAUACAGAAUACUUUGUAAAGGACUUUGGUGAGAACAGAUGCAGAAUAAAAGAAGCAGCUCUUGAUCUCACACUCUACUUCCUGAAAGAAAUGAAGCAAGAUGAAGCAGCAGAUACUCUAGAAGAUGAGCUGUUCUUCAUUCAUCAGCUGAAAUGUGGCCUACAGAAGAAGUAUCAGUGUGUGUUUGAAGGAAUUGCACAGCAAGGAGACUCCACACUCCUGAAGAACAUCUACACAGAUCUCUAUAUCACUCAGGGUGGCAGUGAACAGGUCAAUACUGAACAUGAGGUCAGGCAGAUUGAAGUUACUUCCAGACGUCAUAAAGCUCAAGAGAUACAGGUUGAAUGCAGACAUUUGUUUGAAGCGUCUGAACAAGACAAGCAGAUCAGAACUGUACUGACAAAAGGAGUCGCUGGCAUCGGGAAAUCAGUCUCUGUGCAAAAGUUUGUUCUGGAUUGGGCUGAAGGAAAAGAAAAUCAAGAGAUCAGCUUCAUAUUUCCUCUUCCAUUCAGAGAGAUGAACUUAAAGGAGAAAGAAACACCCAGUUUGAUGGAGCUUAUAACUCAGUUUUACCCAGAGACAAAAGGACUGAACCUUACAAGAAGGAAUCGAUUCAAAGUCCUGUUCAUCCUUGAUGGAUUGGAUGAAUGUCGUCUUCCUCUGAACUUUGCUGGUAAUGAGACGUGUCGUGAUGUUUCGUCACCAGCCUCUCUGGAUGUUCUCCUGACGAACCUCAUCAAGGGAAAUCUGCUUCCUUCUGCUCUCAUCUGGAUCACCAGCAGACCAGCAGCUGCCAGUAAGAUUCCUCCUGACUGUAUCGACAGAGUGACAGAGAUACGAGGAUUCAAUGAUGCACAAAAGGAGGAGUACUUCAGAAAAAGACUCACAGAUGAGAGUCUGGCCAAAGAAAUCAUUGAUCAUGUUAAAAAAUCAAAGAGUCUUUUCAUCAUGUGCCACAUCCCAGUCUUCUGCUGGAUUUCAGCCACUGUUCUCCAGAACAUUUUACAGAAGAAGAGAAAAAAUGUGAAAAACAAUCAGGCUGAUGACGCCUCCAAAACACUGCAGGAAUCAAACACUGAAGACACUCCCAAGACUCUGACACAAAUGUACACACACUUCUUGCACGUUCAGAUCAAGCAGAGCAGACAAAAGUAUGAUGGAGAAAACAAACCAGAUGUGUCCUGGGAUAAAGACGCCAUCCUUUCACUGGGGAAACUGGCAUUUCAGCAGCUGCUAAACAACAACCUGAUCUUCUAUGAAACAGACCUGGAAGCCUGUGGUAUUGACGUCUAUAAAGCUGAAAAGUUCUCAGGCAUGUGUACUGAGAUCUUUAAGGAGGAAACAGGGAUUGUUCUUGGUACCAUGUACUGCUUUGUUCACUUGAGUGUUCAAGAGUUUAUUGCAGCCCUUUAUGCACAUCUGAUUCUGAACAUCAACAAUAGAAGUGUGUUUGAUCAAAACACAAGAAAUAGAAAUGUGUCCAUGAUUGAUUUGCUGAAGACUGCAGUGGACAAGGCACUUGAGAGUGACAAUGGACACCUGGACCUUUUCCUUCGCUUCCUCCUUGGUCUGUCACUCCAGUCCAACAGUGGAAUCUUAAAAGGCCUGUUGACACAGCAAGACCACAAUAACUGGAGCAAAUGGAAAAUACUUCAGUACUUCUUUAGAACAGUAGAUCAGCAGCAAGACCACAAUGACCAGAUCAAAGAGGAAAUAGUUCAUUACAUCAAGCAGAAGUUUGAAGCAAAUCUUUCUCUUGAGAGAUCCAUCAACCUGUUCCACUGUCUGAAUGAACUAAACGAUCAAACUCUGGUGAAAGAGAUUCAGUCUCACCUUAGCAAAGGAAGGUACUCAUCUUCUGACCUUUCACCUGCCCAGUGGUCUGCUCUGGUCUUUGUGUUGUUGACAUCAGAUGAAGAGAUGGAGGAGUUUGAGCUUCAGAAAUUCAAGAAAUCAGACGAGUGUCUCAUCAGGCUAUUAGCUGUCAUCAAAACCUGCAAAAGAGCACUGCUCAGUAAGUGUAAUCUAACAGAGGAAAGCUGUUCAGCUCUGGCUUCAGUUCUCAGAUCAGACUCCAGCAGUCUGAAGGAUCUUGACCUGAGCAAUAAUAAUCUGCAGGAUUCAGGAGUGAAGCUGCUCUCUGAUGGACUGAAGGACAGUAACUGUACACUGGAGAAACUCAGACUUUCAGAGUGCGGUAUCAAUGAAGAAGGUUAUAAAGCUCUGGCUUCAGCUCUGAGAUCAAACCCUUCACACCUGAUAGAGCUGGAUCUCAGAGGAAAUGAUCCUGGACCAUCAGGAGUGAAGGAGCUCACUGAUUUACUGAAACCAGACUAUACACUUAAAACACUGAGGUUUUUGAGUCCUGCUGCAGAAGAAGUCUUUCAGUUUGUGACUAAAAUUGUGGGUAAAAACCCGUUACUCCUGAAAGAACUGAAUCUGAGUGAUCGUGAACUAGGAGAUACACGAGUGAAUCAACUCUCUGCUCUGCUGCAGGAUAAACACUGUAGACUCAACACACUCAUGCUGAAUAAUAACAGGAUUACAGCAGAAGGUUGUGCUGCUUUGACUUUUGCAUUUAAUUUAAAUCCUUCACACCUGAUAGAGCUCAAUCUGAGUGGGAAUAAACUAGGAGACUCAGGAGUAGAGAAGAUCUGUCCUCUGCUGGAAAAUACACAAUGCCAAUUAGAGAAACUGAGGCUUUCAGACUGCAGUAUCAGUGAAGAAGGUUAUAAAGCUCUGGCUUCAGCUCUGAGAUCAAACCCUUCACACCUGAUAGAGCUGGAUCUCAGAGGAAAUGAUCCUGGACAAUCAGGAGUGAAGGAGCUCACUGAUUUACAGCAGGAUCCACACUGUACACUGAAGAUACUGAGGUUUUUGAGUCCUGCUGCUGAUGAAGCCUGUCAGUUUUUGACUGGAGUUGUGGGUAAAAACCUGUUACUCUUGAAAGAGCUGAAUCUGAGUGGACAUGAACUAGGACUCUCAGACAGCUUUCAAAUGCUUGUUCUUUUACUGCAUGAUAAACACUGUACGCUCAACACACUGAUUCUUUCAGAUUGCAGUAUCACAGAAGAAGGUUAUAAAGCUCUGGCUUCAGCUCUGACAUCAAACCCAUCAUACCUGAUAGAGCUGGAUCUCAGAGGAAAUGAUCCUGGACAAUCAGGAGUGAAGGAACUCACUGAUUUACUACUGGAUGAACGCUGUAGCUUAAAAAUCAUCAGGUUUCUGAAAAGUCCUGCUGCACAAGAGUCAUGUGAUUUUCUCACUGAAGUUCUGGAUGUAAAUCCAUUAUUACUGACAGAACUGGAUCUGAGUGAAGAUAAAUUAGGAGAUCUGGAUGGAGAGAAAAUCUCUGCUUUUUUGAUGGACCCUCAUAGCAAAGUGGAGAAAAUCAAGCUGAAUAAUUGUAAGCUGCUUGAGAAAAGCUCAUCAGUUUUAGCAACAGUUCUGUCUUCCAAAACCAUCCUGAAAGAGCUGAACCUGAACAACAGUCGUCUGCUGGACUCAGGAGUCAGAGAGAUCUGUGAGGGACUGAAGAAUCCUGUGUGUGAGCUGAAGAUACUCAAGCUUUCAGACUGCAGUAUCAGUGAAGAAGGUUAUAAAGCUCUGGCUUCAGCUCUGAGAUCAAACCCUUCACACCUGAUAGAGCUGGAUCUCAGAGGAAAUGAUCCUGGACAAUCAGGAGUGAAGGAGCUCACUGAGUUACUGCAGGAUCCACACUGUACACUGAAGACACUGAGGUUUUUGAGUCCUGCUGCUGAUGAAGGCUGUCAGUUUGUGACUGGAAUUGUGGGUAAAAACCCAUUACUUCUGAAAGAGCUAAAUCUGAGUGAUCGUGAACUAGGAGACACACGAGUGAAUCAACUCUCUGCUCUACUGCAGGAUAAACACUGUAAACUCAACACACUCAUUCUUAGUAAAUGUGGUGUAACAGUGGAAAGCUGUUCAGCUCUGGCUACAGUCCUGAGAUCAGAGACCAGUCUAAAAGAGCUUGACAUGAGCAACAAUAAUCUGCAGGAAUCAGGAGUGAAGAAACUCCAGAGCGGAUUAAAAAACACAAACUGCACACUGGAAAAACUCAGUCUUUUAGACUGCAGUAUCAGUGAAGAAGGUUAUAAAGCUCUGGCUUCAGCUCUGAGAUCAAACCCUUCACACCUGAUAGAGCUGGAUCUCAGAGGAAAUGAUCCUGGACAAUCAGGAGUGAAGAAGCUCACUGAGUUACUGAAACCAGACUAUACACUGAAGACACUGAGGUUUUUGAGUGAUGAUGCAGAUGAAGCCUGUACACAUCUGAAUAAAGUUCUGGGUGGAAACCUGUUACUCUUGAGAGAGCUGAAUCUGAGUAAACUUGAUCUUGGACCAUCAGGAUUGGAGAAACUUGCUGCUGUACUGAAAGAUAAACACUGUAAACUCAACACACUGAUUCUGAAUAACAGCAGUAUGUCAGAAGAAGAUUGUCGUGUUUUGGCUGAAGCUUUUAAUUCAAACCCAUCAAAUCUGACAGAGCUGAAUUUGAGUGGGACUAAACUCACAAACUCAGGAAUGAAGAGCUUCACCACUCUGUUUCAAAACCAACAGUGUAGACUGGAAAAGCUGAAGUUCAGCAGCAUGUGUAUUACAGCAGAAGGUUGUGCUGCUUUGGCUUCAGCAUUUAACUCAAAUCCUUCACACCUGAUAGAGCUCAAUCUGAGUGAGAAUAAACUAGGAGACUCAGGAGUAACAGAAAUCUCCAGUCUACUGGCAAACUCGCAGUGCAUGCUGAAGAUACUCGGUCUUUCAGACUGCAGUAUCAGUGAAGAAGGUUAUAAAGCUCUGGCUUCAGCUCUGAGAUCAAACCCUUCACACCUGAUAGAGCUGGAUCUCAGAGGAAAUGAUCCUGGACAAUCAGGAGUGAAGGAGCUCACUGAUUUACUGCAGGAUCCACACUGUACACUGAAGACACUGAGGUUUUUGAGUCCUGCUGCUGAUGACGCCUGUCGGUUUGUGACUAAAAUUGUGGGUAAAAACCCAUUACUCCUGACAGAACUGAAUCUGAGUGAUCGUAAACUAGGAGACACACGAGUGAAUCAACUCUCUGCUCUACUGCAGGAUAAACACUGUAGAGUCAACACAAUAAUGCUGAAUAAUAACAGGAUUACAGCAGAAGGUUGUGCUGCUUUAACUUCAGCAUUUAUUUUAAACCCAUCACACCUGAUAGAGCUCAAUCUGAGUGGGAAUAAACUAGGAGACUCAGGAGUAGAGAAGAUCUGUCCUCUGCUGGAAAAUACACAAUGCCGAUUAGAGAAACUGAGUCUUUCAGACUGCAGUAUCAGUGAAGAAGGUUAUAAAGCUCUGGCUUCAGCUCUGAGAUCAAACCCUUCACACCUGAUAGAGCUGGAUCUCAGAGGAAAUGAUCCUGGACAAUCAGGAGUGAAGAAGCUCACUGAUUUACUGCACAGUAGAAGCUGUAAAUUCAGAUUUCUGAAGAGUUCUGCUGCACAGGAAGCAUGUGACUAUCUUACUAAAGUUCUGGGUAUAAGUCCAUUAUUACUGACAGAACUGGAUCUGAGUGAAGAUAAAUUAGGAGAUCUGGAUGGAGAGAAACUCUCUGCUCUUCUGAUGGACUCUCAUAGCAAAGUGAAGAAAAUCAAGCUGAAUAAUUGUGAGCUGACAGAGAAAAGCUGUUCACUUCUAGCUGCAGUUCUCUCCUCCAAAACCAUCCUGAAAGAGAUGAACCUGAACAACAGUCGUCUGCUGGACUCAGGAGUCAGAGAAAUCUGUGAGGGACUGAAGAAUCCUGUGUGUGAGCUGAAAAUACUCAGUCUUUCAGACUGCCGUAUCAGUGAAGAAGGUUAUAAAGCUCUGGCUUCAGCUCUGAGAUCAAACCCUUCACACCUGAUAGAGCUGGAUCUCAGAGGAAAUGAUCCUGGACAAUCAGGAGUGAAGGAGCUCACUGACUUACUGGAGGAUCCACACUGUACACUGAAGACACUGAGGUUUUUGAGUCCUGCUGCUGAUGAAGGCUGUCACUUUGUGACUGAAAUGGUGGGUAAAAACCCAUUACUCCUGAAAGAACUGAAUCUGAGUGAUCGUGUACUAGGAGACACACGAGUGAAUCAACUCUCUGCUCUGCUGCAGGAUAAACACUGUCAGAUCCACACACUCAUUCUGUGUUAUUGCAGUAUUACAGAGGAACAGUGUGUGAUCCUGACUUCAGCUCUGAAAUCAAACCCAUCACACCUGAGAGAACUGAACCUCAGUGGAAACAAUCUAGGAGACUCUGCAGUGAAAAAACUCAGUGAUUUACUGAUGAACCAACAAUUCAAGCUGGAGAAACUACGUCUGAGUGAUUGCAGUAUUACAGAGAAACAGUGUGUGAUCCUGACUUCAGCUCUGAAAUCAAACCCAUCACACCUGAGAGAACUGAACCUCAAUGGGAAUAGACUAGGAGACUCUGGAGCUUAUGGACUUGGCCAUCUGCUGAGCAGUGUGGAUUGCAAGCUGAAUAAACUACAUCUGUGUGAUUGCAGUAUUACAGGGAAACAGUUGCACUUCCUGAUUGCAGUUAUGUGUAUGGACCCAUCACACCUGAGGGUACUGGACCUCAGUAAGAAUCAAAUAAAAAGCAGAGGAAUGAACAUGCUGUGUGAUGUGCUGAAUAAACCACGCUGUAAACUCAAGAGUUUAAGACUAAAUGACUGUGGCAUUACAGAUGUUACACACUUAACUCAGUCUUUGGCUGAGAACAAAGCACUGGAGUUCUUAAAAGAGCUUGAACUGAGUAAAAAUCAAAUGGGAGACUCCGAAAAGCAAAAACUCAGUGACCUGCUGCGAGACUCAAACUGUAAACUGAGGUUAGACUGAUCAGGCAGAGGAGGCUGAUGAGUUCUCAAAUGAGGUGGAUUAGCUGGAAGUGCAGUAUAACAACUACAUUAUGAUGUUGCGAGUCAGUUUUAGCUUUUCUGUCAAAUGAUAUAAACAAUGUCCAGUGUGAACAAUUAAUUUAUUUUGGUCUACAUCAACACCGGUUCAAAUAUGUUCUAGUAAUAUGCAUUGUUUAUAUUUACUUAGAUUGUAGUUAUAUUUAACAUAUCGGUUUUGCAUAUAUUUUAGUUUUUUACCUUUUAUAUGUAACAUUUUCAUUUAAAUUUGUAGUAAGUUCUGUGUCUGUCUACAAUAAAUGAGCGAACAUUUCUCUACAAAAAAAAAAAAAAAAAAGCUUUGGCUGAUGUAGGAUGGUGUCUUAUUUCCCA